AUGCCUCCCUCCCCCACCCGAACCGCCACCCUCCUCUCCAACCUCUCCGCCGUAACCUCGCGGAUCACAGCAUCCUCAGCCUCCGCAGGCCGCAACACCACCAAACCAAUCCGCCUAAUAGCAGUCUCCAAGCUCAAACCCGCCUCCGACAUCCUUGCCCUGCACAGUCCCCCCGCAUCGCACCUCCACUUCGGCGAAAACUACCUCCAAGAGCUGCAAGAAAAGUCCAAGCUCCUCCCGCCCACCAUCCGCUGGCACUUCAUCGGCGGCCUGCAGUCCAACAAGUGCGUCACACUCGCGCGCGACGUGCGCUCCCUCUGGGCCGUCGAGAGCGUCGACUCCGAGAAGAAGGCGUCCCUCCUAAACAAAGGUUGGGGCGCGCGGUCUGCCGAGUUUCGCGCGGAGGACCAUGAAUCCCGGCUGCGGGUGUUCGUGCAGGUUAAUACGUCCGGCGAGGAGAAUAAGGCGGGGGUGGAGCCGGUGAAGGGCGCGGUGGAGUUGUGUCGGUUUGUGAGGGAGAACUGUCCCAAUUUGGCGCUGCAGGGGGUGAUGACUAUUGGGGCCAUUGCGCGGUCGAAGGCGACGACGGCGGAGAAUGAGAAUGAGGAUUUUGUGUGUUUGAGGGAGACGAGGGAUCGGGUUGUGGGUGAGUUGGGGUUGACGGGGGAGGAGGCGGAGUUGGAGUUGAGUAUGGGGAUGAGUGAGGAUUUUGAGGGCGCUAUUGCCUUGGGGAGUGAUGAGGUGCGUGUGGGGACUACGCUUUUUGGGGAUCGUCCGCCGAAGCAUGAGGCCAGGGUUGUAUGA